AGGGCCUACUAUGUGCCAGAUACUAUACUGGGUGCUUUUUAUAUAUUUGAUCUGAUUUAAUCCUCCUUCCAGCCCCACGAGGUAGGUACAUUUCCUGUCACUGAUUUAGUUGAGAAAACCGCCAAAACAUAGCUAGCAAAAGAAAAGAACCAGGAUUCAGGCUUAGGUUGGCCCAACCUUUACCAAAUACAUCUUGUCUUCCUCCAUCCUUCCAUAAGCCGCCUGUAGCUUCCUCAUCUCGCCCAGCCCUCCGAGGGUAGGGUCCAUGUGAUUUCCUUCCUGUUAUCUGUCCUCAGCACCCAGUGGGUGUGACCUGGGGAGCAAGCAGUCCUUGCAGAGGUCACUGUGAUUUUGCCCCUGGAGGACCUGUCCACAAGUGAGGAGGGACUGCAGAACUCGCAUGGCUCUUGGCCUGAGCCCCUGUUACCAAGAGGGAAGAGGCUUUGGCCAAGGACUCCAGGGGGAGAUAAAUGCUGGGAGUGGACUCAGCUCUGGUCGGGACCCAAGCACCCAGCCCUCCCCGAGACAUUGUGUGAGCUGGCCAGGCCUCCAGACACAGUCCCUCCCACCCGCCCCAGCCAGGGUGGUGCUUGUGUGGGAAGGAGUUUAAAUCCAGCUGCCAGACCCCUGAGCGGGAGAAGCGGAGAGGACUGGCCACCAUGCACAGCUCCUGCAGCCUCCUGGUGCUUCUGCUGCCGCCACUGCUACUGCUGGUGGCCACCACAGGCCCUGCCGGAGCCCUCAGUGAAGAGGAAAAACAUAUGAUGGUGGAGCUGCACAACCUCUACCGAGCCCAGGUAUCCCCGCCAGCCGCCAACAUGCUGCAGAUGAGGUGGGAUGAGGAGCUGGCCGCCUUCGCCAAGGCCUACGCGCAGCAGUGCGUGUGGGGCCACAACAAGGAGCGUGGGCGGCGCGGCGAGAACCUGUUCGCCAUCACCGACGGCCUGGACGUGCCGCUGGCCAUGGAGGAGUGGCACCACGAACACGAGCACUACAACCUCAGCGCUGCCACCUGCGCCGCGGGCCAGAUGUGCGGCCACUAUACGCAGGUGGUCUGGGCCAGGACAGAGAGGAUUGGCUGUGGCUCCCAUUUCUGUGAGAAGCUCCAGGGCGUUGACGAGACCAAUAUUCACUUGCUGGUUUGCAACUAUGAGCCCCCGGGGAACGUGAAGGGGCAGAGGCCCUACCAGGAGGGGACUCCGUGCUCCCAAUGUUCCUCUGGCUACCGCUGCAAGAACUCUCUGUGUGAACCCAUCAGAGGCCCAGAAGAAGCUCAGGAUUUGCCUCACCUAGUAGCUGAGGCCCCAUCUUCCCUGGCAACAGAAGCCUCAGACUCUAGGAAAAAGGGUAUUGCUUCUUCCCUAGCAACGGAAACUCCAUCCUUCUUGGUAACAAAGGUCUCAGGCUCCUUGGCAACAAAGGCUCUACCUGCUGUAGAAACCAAGGCUCCGUCUCCCUUAGUAACGGAAGACUCCCCUUCCAUGGGAACAGAGGCUCCAUCAGCCUUAAAAACUGAGGUCCCUUCCUUUUUGGCAACUCACAGCCUGCUCUUCUUGAAUGAAAGGCCAACCACCUUUCCCAAAUCAACCCAUGAUCUCAAACCCCAAUCGACAGACAAAGAGGCCAACAGUACAAGAAUGCCCUCCAAGAGCCCAGAGAGUUCUCUGCACCCCAGGAUAUCCUUGACAGGGACACGAGAGCUGCUACCCCACUCCCAGGAGGGGGAGGCUGAGGCCAAGUUACCUCAUUCCAGUGAGGUUUUGGCCUCAGUUUUUCCAGCCCAGAACAAGCCAGGUGAUCUGAAGGCCACACUGGAUCACAAGGGGCACACCUCCUCCAAGUCCCUAUCCAACUCCCCCAGUGCCUCUGCCACUGCUAAUGCCAUGGGCGGGCGUACCCUGGCCCUGCAGUCCUCCUUGCCAGGUGCAGAGGGCCCUGAAAAACCUGGCAUCCAGUCAGGGUUGAAUUCAAACCCUGGGUACGUCUGGGGCCUCAUCCUGGGACUGCUGCUACUGCCUCACCUAGUGUUGGCUGGAAUCUUCUGAAGGGAUCACCACUCAAAGGAACUGCCAGACUACUUUCCAAAGCGGCUGCACCAUUUUUCAUUUGUACCAGCAAUAUAUAAAGGUUUCAAUUUCUCCAUGUUACCAUUGCUUGUUAUUAUGUCUUUUUUGAUUACAGUCAUCUUAGUGAGUGUGAAGUAGUAUCUCAUCGCAGUUUUGAUCUUCAUUUCCCUGAUGGUUAAUGACAUUGAGCAUCUUUCCACGUGUUUAUUGGCCAUCUGUGUAUCUUCUUUGGAGAAAUGUCUAUUCACGUCUUUUGCCCGUCGUAGCUGGGGUAUUUGUCUUUUUAUUACUGAGUUGUUCCUACAAUGUCGUAUAAACAAAAUAAUGUUCUUUAUAUAUUUUCGAUACAAGUCCCUUAACCAGAUACAUGAUUUGCCAACAUUUUCUCUCAUUCUGUGAGUUGUCUUUUCAUUUUUUCUUGACGAUAUCCUUUGAACACAAAAGUUUUAAAUUUUGAUGAUGUCCGGUUUAUCUUUUUUUCUUUUGUUGCUUGUGCUUUUGAUGUUAUAUCUAAGAAACAUUGCCUAAUCCAAGGUCACAAAGAUUUAUGCCUGUUUUGAGUUUUAUAGUUAAUUGUGUGAAUUAAAAUGUAAAUGUUUAUUUCUGCACUCUCAAUCACAUUCCAUUGAUUUAUGUAUCUAUCUUUAUGCCAGUACCAUACUGUCUUGAUUACUGUAGCUUACUAUAUAGGUUAAGUCUUGAAAUUGCCAAUUGCAUGUCCUCCAACUUAGUUCUUUUUCAAGAUUGUUUAGGCUAUUCUAGGUACCUUGAAUUUCUGUAUGAAUUUUAGGAUGAGCUUGUUAAAUUUCUGCAAAGAAGUCAGCUGAGAUUUUGAUGGAGAUCGUGUAAUCUGCCAUUUAAAAAAUAUUAAGUUUCCUGAUCCAAGUCUUUCCACUUAUUUAGGUCUUCUUUCAACACUGUGCAAGUUUUCAAAAUAUAAAUUUUGUAACUCUUUUGUUAAAUUUGUUCAUAAAUACUUUAUUUUUAUGUUAUUGUAAAUGAAAUUGUUUUAUUAAUUUCAUUUUCACUUUGAUUGCAAGUGUAUAGAAAUACAAUUGAUUUUGUAUAUCAAUUUUA